UCUUUAUAUAUAUAUAUAUAUAUAGUGAUUUUUAUCGUAUACUAGACAGACAAUUUAUACUAUCCGCGUCCAUCAUAACGGUUAGUAUUAAUGUAUGUUCUUUGUUUGCGGGAUUAAAAAAUAAAUUACCUCAUUUAUGCUAGCCGUUGAGAUGGACGCAGACGUUGGAGAUUGAUUGGUGUACGACAUACAUCAGGUUUCGCCUGAUGUACAAUAGAACUAUAUAUAUAUGACUAGGGGUAUACAAUUGGAACAAAAAAGAAACCCAACAAUCUUCUCAAAACAAUCUUAACAAUCUCAAUUUUUGUUAGAGAUAAAUGAGUGAUAGUUUUCAUCACAUCAACAAAACGAUGAGUAUAAUUUAAAAAAAAAAAACCAAAAAUACGAUGCAUUGUUAAUAAUGCACACAUUGUAACAAUCUUACUAUAACUUACUCGUAAUUUUGUAUUAAACUUAAUAAUAUGUGUAACCUUGAGGAAGUACUAUAAAAUAGUAGAAUAGAGAUCAUUAGUUCCCUGCUCAAAAAGCUAGAAGUUUCAGUCCCUUCCGGAACACCAAAUGGUGUAGCAGGGUUUGAAAUUGAGACCCCACACAUCUCAGGUCUGAAAUACCACACUCCCGACCAACUUGACUGUGUUAUCUUCAAUAUUUCGAAACUGUAAUUCAACCAUUUCAUAUCGCUAAAAAUCACUUACCUAUUUAGCCUACUGUAAAAAAAAAAAACCCUAAAAAUUGCUGAUAUGGUACUAUUGUACCAUCAGAGGAUUAAAUGAAAGGGCUAUACAUAUGGCGCAAUCCACGGUGAAAAGCUAGGGGGUUGGUGCAUCUGUCAAAACCAAAUUAAUAAAGGCUGGCUGGCUGGCUGACUCCAGUGAGUAAAAAGGAAUACGGAAUACCCUGGACACGAUAAUAACGAGACAUAAAAGGGUCACUAGUUUAUUCUUUAUUAGAAUAUCUCUUGAUUAGUUUUUAUUAUGAUUUGUCAUUGGCUCUCCUUUUUCACUUUUUUUUUUAUCUAUAAUUGUUCCAAUUAUGAGGGGGUGUGUACAUAUGAUGAUUUUUUUUAUAUAUUUUUUCCAGACACAUGAUUUUUCAUUAGAUAUUUGACAAUCGACAAGUUGACAUACCAUUCGGACAAAAAAAUAAACAGAAAUUGACGGAAUAUUUUUUUUUUUUUGUAAUAGAAACUAGAAAGUAACAAUUUUACGGUCACAUGAAAAUUUGUGACCAUUUUCUAAAUCAGGACAAACUCAGAAUGACCAAUUUGUUUCACUUUAACCACACACCCAAAGCAACAGAGGCUCCAGUCACAUUUAUUUCACUUUUAGUUUACUUUGGGAUGAACAUUGGGCUUUGGUCAUCAUUUCUCUAUUAUUGGGCCUCGAGGAAGCUUCCUGGGCUGCUGCAGUUUGCUUCAGCCGUCAAGUCUCCGGGCCUAUCCAUAUGCUCUCAAUUCUCAAACAGCCCAACACAGUCUUCCAUUCAUGUGCUUUCCUCAACAGCUUCGCUAAGUCCAAAGUGAGAAAGGCCGCAAGUUCCCGCGACGAGCGAACGCGCGCUAACGGCUCUCUUGGUUUUUCAAUCGUCCUCUCCAUCUCCGAUCGACUUCGCCGGUCGAAGGGUUAUUUGCAUUCAUCGCUAGGAGUUCCGAAUCAACACUUCGAGACCGUUACACCGUAAGGGCUUUCUCGAUUCUCUCGUUACUUCAGCCAAGCCCUAGUUCCGACGCGUUCUCCGAUUUGAAAUUCAUCGAUCUCGUCCUUUCCACUUGUUGUUCGGGAAAUUAGGGUUUCCGGAAACCCUAGAUUCUUCAGUUCCCACUCUCUCCGGGAUUACCGAUGUUUCCCCUUACUGCGAUCCAUCCAGUGUGGCGGAGGAAACAUCAUGUAAAUUGUAAGGGCGUUGUGUGAGACUGUAAAUAAGGAAAGUAAAAGGCUCAGGAUUGGUGAAGAGGGGGCUUUCUUGACUGUCAUGGAAGGUGCUGGUGUCUCAUCAUCUUCAUCUGGAGACCCUUGUCAUAUUCUUGAUAUAACAACGAAGGAUGCUGAAGUGGAGACCAUGUCUUCACUUCAAAGUUCAAUCAACAAUCCACGGCAUCCUCUUCAUCAUUGAUUCCAGUAGCUUUAGCUUCCGAUGUGGAUGUUUGUCAGCCUGAAAAUGACUUUUGGGGAGAUCUUCAACUUGGAUUCCUUACAAGCUGUGGAACAUCAGAGUUGAUUGAUCUGCCAAUGUUCAUUUCCAAUGAUAGCUUGUGCAACCUACUCGAGUUCGACACCGGUGCUGAACUCGGCAUGAUUGGUUUGUGGUAGGUGUGCUUUAUUUGAUUUCCAUUUUACUAAAUGCUAAGUGAUAAUGGCUUGACAGCUCGUCAAGCCUCUUAUACAACUUAAUGGUUGAGAUAACUAUGUUUGUCUAGAUUAUAUGAGGUAAUGGUCUUCUGUGUUUGAGGCAGAAGCGGGGGAGCGGUAGAGUUUGAGGUUCUUUUCCAAGGUUCAGGGUCGAAGUUUUGCUGGUAAUUUAACCAUUUUGAGUUUUCAAUUGAGCGACCCAUUUCUCCUCUGGAAAUUCAGGAGUCACCUUUGGGGUUUCGUGUUUGUGCAUCUUGCUAAUGCGGUUCCAUGAGCCACGUGCAAGGCAGCCUCGACUGGUAAAAGCUAACUGCGAGACCCCAUACUUUGAGGCGGUUAGAAAUGAAUGGUACUUUCUCUGGUGGAAAUCAUUGGAAUAGAUCCAUGCUUAUUUAUCGGUUAUCUGUCACAAAAGAAACUGAUGUUUUAUUCGAGAAUGCAGCCAGCUUAUGAAGAGCAUGAGGAGCAUCACCCACAUUACCUUGCUCGGCUUGACAGAAAGGAUAACCUAAACAGGGAUUUGAAUGAAUCAUGACCUUUUUGGAGUGUUCUUGAUUGAGGCCCUGCUGCUUCAUAUUAUAACUGUGUUGAAUUCAUUAAAGUCCUAUGGUGCAAUUAUAUGCAACUUGGCUAUUUGCUCAAUAGCCACUUGCAGUUUGAUUCUUCUUCUGUUUUAUUUACCGAAUGGAUUGAACUCUUCGUCUAACGUCCAUAUUAACCUAAUCUUGCAGGCAAUAAUAUAUUGGAGGAUUGAUUCUUCCCUCGUCACAGUAUAUGUCAGGGCCUAGCUGGGUUGUGUGCCUGGAGAGUGCUAUCAUGGAGUUUCGGUUUUUUUCCGCCUGGCAGCAAUUUGGGAAGUCUGGUCUGCUUUAGUUGUUGAUUUAUGGCGAGAAAGGUGUAGGAGACUGUGGAGGCCUAUCUAGAGAGUUUUCCAGUGGCAGCAGCAGCAGCAGCAUUUCAGCACAAGCUUUGGUUUUGAUUAGUCUGAUUCUUUUCGGAGUUUUGAUUAGUCUAGUUUCAGGAGUACUGAUAGAAUUUUGUAUACUGGAGAACACAAUGGAUGAGUCACUGACUCAGUGUCAUUGUAGCUGCGAUUCGCUGCUCUAUGUUCUCAGCAUCCUGCUGGCUUUUUGGUAAUAGUUUUGGGAUGUUUUCUUUUUAUGCAGCCAUGUGAUGCAGGUUGCCUUUACAUUUCAUCUCCUGUACUGGAUUCCUGGUCACCGAUUUGGUGGCCUUUUCGUAUAUAAUUAUGAUAUAAUAAGCACAGUUUAGUCUUGUUGGGGGUGUUACUAAAGACUCCACGCGCGGACUAAGUAAGGGCGCGCUUAAUCGGUAACGUGCUCCGCUCGAACGCCGCUACGAAUAUAUAAAAGCAUGAAAC